CUGUUACACCACCAGUCGCAACAGCCUUCGCUGUUGCAGUACCGGUUCUGUUGAGACCGUGGUAGCUCCAGUAGAGCCAGCAUCAACACCAGCGGCACCAGUUCCUGCUGCAACACCACUCACUGCUGAAGCUGUCAUACCACCAGUCGCAACGGACAUCCCUGUUACAGCACCGGUUCCUGUGGAGUCCGUGGUAGCUCCAGUGGAGCCAAAACCAACACCAACGGCACCUGUUCCCGCCGCUACACCAAUCGCUGUAGAAGUUGCCGUAUCACUAGUCGCAACGGCCAUCCCUGUUGCAGUACCGGUUCAUGUAGAAUCCGUGGGAGCUCCAGUAGAGCCAACACCAACACCAGCGGCACCAGUUUCUGCUGCAACACCAGUCACUGCUGAAGCUGUCAUACCACCAGUCGCAACGGACAUCCCUGUUACAGCACCGGUUCCUGUGGAGUCCAUGGUAGCUCCAGUAGAGCCAACACAAACACCAGCGGCACCAGUUUCUGCUGCAACACAAGUCACUGCUGAAGCUGUCAUACCUCCAGUCGUAACGGCCAUACCUGUUGCAGUAUCGCUUCCUGUGGAGUCCGUGAUAGCGUCAACACCAACACCAGUGAUACCUCUUCCUGCCGCUUCACCAGUCACUGUUGAAGCUGCCGAAUCCCCAAUCGCAACGGCCAUACCUGUUGCAGUACCGGUUCCUGUUGAGACCGUGGUAGCUCCAGUAGAGCCAACACCAACACCAGCGGCACCAGUUUCUGCUGCAACACCAGUCACUGCUGAAGCUGUCAUACCACCAGUCGCAACGGACAUCCCUGUUACAGCACCGGUUCCUGUGGAGUCCGUGGUAGCUCCAGUGGAGCGAAAACCAACACCAACGGCAUCUGUUCCCGCCGCUACACCAAUCGCUGUUGAAGUUGCCGUAUCACCAGUCGCAACGGCCAUCUCAGUUGCAGUACCGGUUCAUGUAGAAUCCGUGGUAGCUCCAGUAGAGCCAACACCAGCGGCAUCUGUUCCCGCUGCAACACCAGUCAGUGUUGAAGCAGUCGUACCAGCAGUCGCAACGAACAUCCCUGUUACAGCACCGGUUCCUGUGGAGUCCGUGGUAGCUCCAGUGGAGCCAAAACCAACACCAACGGCACCUGUUCCCGUCGCUACACCAAUCGCUGUUGAAGUUGCCGUAUCACCAGUCGCAACGGUCAUCUCAGUUGCAGUACCGGUUCAUGUAGAAUCCGUGGUAGCUCCAGUAGAGCCAACACCAGCGGCAUCUGUUCCCGCUGCAACAGCAGUCAGUGUUGAAGCAGUCGUACCACCAGUCGCAACGGACAUCCCUGUUACAGCACCGGUUCCUGUGGAGUCCGUGGUAGCUCCAGUAGAGCCGACACAAACACCAGCGGCACAUGUUCCAGCCGCUACACCAGUCACUGUUGAAGUUGUUACACCACCAGUCGCAACAGCCUUCCCUGUUGUAGCAUCGGUUCCUGUGGAGUCGUUUGUAGCUCCAGUAGAGCUAAUACCAGCGGCACUUGCUCCCGCGCCAACACCAGUCUCUGUUGAAGUUGCCGUCCCACCAGAAGCAGUACUUCCAGUCGAAACAUCCGUACCUGUUCCAGCACUGGUUCCUGUGGAGUCUGUGGUAGCUCCUGUAGCGCCAACACCAACACCAGCGGCACCUGUUCCUGCUGCAACACCAGUCACUGCUGAAGCUGUCAUACCACCAGUCGCAACGGACAUCCCUGUUGCAGCGCCGGUUCCUGUCGAGUCCGAGGUAGCUUCAGUUGAGCCAACAUCAGCACCAACGGCACCUGUUCCUGCUGCAACAACUCUCACUGUUGAAGCUGCCAUAUCACCAGUCGGAACACCCGUCCCUGUUUCUGUACCGGUUCCUGUCGAGUCCGUGGUAGCUUCAGUUGAGCUAACAUCAAUACCAGCGGCACCUGCUCCUGCCGCUACACCUGUCACAGUUCAAGUUGCCGUAUCACCAGUUGCAACGGCCAACCCUGUUGCAGCAUCCGUUCCUGUGGAGAUCGUGGUAGCUACAGCUGCUCCGACACCAGCGGCACAUGUUUCUGUCACAGCACCAGUCACUGCUGCAUCUUUUGUACCAUCAGAAGUAGUACUUCCACUCGCAACAGCCGUCUCUGUUGCAGCACCGGUGGUAGCUACAAUUACGCCAAUACCAACACCAGAAGCACCUGUUCCUGCCGCUACAUCAGUCACAGUUGAAGCUGUCGUACCACCAGUUGCAACAGUCACCCUUGUUGCAGCACCGGUUAAUGUGGAUUCCGUGGUAGCUCCAGUAGAGCCAACACCAAUAAAAACGGCACCUGUUCCUACUGCAACACCAGUCACUGUUGAAGAAGUCGUACUAGAAGAAGCAGUACUUCCAGUCACAAAUAUACCUGUCACUGUUGAAGCUGCUGAAUCUCAAGAAGCUGAUCCCGACCCAGCACUGGCUCUCGGAGAGCCCUUGGUAGCUCCUGUAGCUCCAACACCUCCUGUGACAACCGUUGAUCCUGUUGUCGCACCGGUUUCAGUGGAGUCCGCAAAAGUUCUUGUAUCUCCCCUUCAGGAGACACCUGUCUCUGUCUCAGUACCUCCAGUCGCAAGAGACGUCUCUGAUGUCGUACCGGUUUCAGCAGAGCCGGAGGUAGUUCCAAGACCUUUAGAGAGACCUGUUCCUGACACUUCACCUAUUACUGUUGAAGCAGUGCCUCCAAAUACAAUAGCAGUACCAGUUUCACCAGAGUCCACGGCGGCUCUAGAAGCACAACCACUUGAGAAAACUCCAUCCGUUGCAACACAAGAAGCAUCGCAAUUAAUAGAGUCUAGUGUUGCUAAUCAAGCUGAGAGCCUUAGAAGUGCAGAAACAAUCGUAGAGGCUUCAAAAGAAAAAUGCUUGCCGGCUUUAGAAUCUGUUGCCUCUCUAGAAGAAAUGUUGGGUACUACAACUCAACAACCAGCAGUGGAAACACCAGUUUCCGAAUCGGAUCCUGCUGAAGUUGAAAUGGAAGCUUUAGUAACUACGCAGAACCAGACUAAAGUCGCUAAUCAGAUUCCAAAUGUAAAUGCAGAUAUCGUGCCAAUUGCAAAAAUUUAUCCAACACGAAGGGAUCUAAAUACAAACGAUGUAUCACUUUUAGCAAUAGCAGCAACUUUGGAUUCAAUUGCAGAUAAACUAAAGGAGCAAAGAGCCAGGAAUCAAGAAGUUCUCGACCGCAUAUGCGAAAUUGAGAAGAUUCUAGGUGUGACUAAAAACUAAAGUCGAUUUAUUAUUAAAUUACUAAUUGCAUAUUAUUGACAUAUAUAACGAAAUAAAGAAUGAUAACCGUAUAAAAAUAAA